CAUGAGGUCCUCAUCUUCAAAACAAACAAAAUGGCGGCGCACAUACGAUGGGGACUUCGGCAGUUGUUACGGACAAUAAAUACGCCUAACUUUAGGCGUUCAGUGAAGACCAGAAGCUCAUACCAAUCACAGUGCUCGAUCCAGAUCUUCAGCACAGCUCAGCUUCAGCCCGCGACAGGAACCUCUCACUUCUCAAUACGACAGCUGUCCAUCCAGACUCAAGACACUCCGAACCCCAGAAGCUUGAAGUUUCUCCCCGGUAAACCUGUCCUAGGAAGUGGGACGCUUGACUUUCCCACUUCAACCUCAGCUGGAUGUUCAUCUUUAGCCAGGGACCUGUUUGAAAUUGAAGGAGUAAAAAGUGUGUUCUAUGGCCCUGACUUCAUCACAGUCACUAAAACAGAUGAGGAUGUGGAAUGGACAGACAUUAAGCGUCAUGCUCUGGAGGCCAUUGCUAAGUUCUUUGAGAGUGGCGACCCGAUAACAACUGGGGCAGUGCACCAUGAAAGCAGUUUUUCUGAAGAUGAUGAUGAAGUUGUGUCUAUGAUAAAGGAGCUUCUGGACACCAGAAUCAGACCGACAGUGCAGGAGGAUGGAGGCGAUGUCAUCUUUAAGGGGUUCGAGGGAGGCACAGUCCAGCUGAAGCUGGUUGGUUCCUGCACAGGGUGUCCCAGUUCUACCGUUACCCUUAAGAGCGGCAUUCAGAACAUGUUGCAGUUUUACAUCCCAGAAGUAAACAACGUGGAACAGGUGGAAGAUGAAGUGGAUGAAAUCAAUGCCAUGGUUUUCUCAGAGCUGGAACGCAAAUUACAAAAAUGAAGACAAAUAUAUUCUACUGUGUAAAAAUACACAGCCAUGCAUUAUUUCCACUAAAUACCAUUGUACAUUCAUGAGAAAGAGACGAGAGACCUGCUAUUUUGUGUGAAUACUAUAUACUGUUAAGAGUUCACGCUGUAAUGUGUACAUACUGUAUGCCACUGUUACCAAGAGGAGAUACAGUAAUAUACCUUUAGUCAACAGAAUAUACAGUCAUUCUUCUAGCCAGUCGAAAUGUUCUGCUGUGAUGACUGUGAAUGUUGUGAUGUUUUUAUUUCUUUAAAAAUAUAUAUAUUUUGAAAGAAUGUUUUCAUAUGAUGGAAAUAUUGUGAACGUUUUUGACAUUGGUUAUAGCCAUGCAGAAUGAAGAUUUUAUGAGGUAUUUCAGUUGUUGCUGCCAUAUACUUUAUGAGACAUAACGUUUUGCUUGUUAAUACAUAAUCUAGAAAUUAAGUAAAAUAUUAUUUGGGGCUUCAAUUAUUCAUCAAGUGGGAAUUUGCUGUGUAACUGCCUACAAAACCUGUAUGAUAUACAUGUGCUUUGUUCUCCAUUCUUCAGAUUUACUGUAUCACUGUUUCAAACAAAGUUCACAUUCUGAAAGCAA